AGGUGGAGAGACCAUGACUGGCCAAGAUUAUUGAGAUGCUAAUAGUACACUAGCAGUACUAAAUACAGAAGGAUAAAUAUAUUGCUAUUUUUUUUAAAAUUUAUUUUAAAUAAUGGAAAUUUACACAACAAAAGUAUUGGGUCUGGAUGUGCAAUACUGGGCAUACAGUGCAAUUAUCUGCACAUUAUCUGAAGACUGGGAGACUAAAGCAUGAACCAGGGAAAAGAGUGAGGACAGGGUUAAUAUUAUUAACCAACUAAUGUUAAUGUGUAUAAAUCAAUAAAGACAAGAAAGCAAGACAGAGAGAGAGAGAGAGAGAGAGAGAGAGAGAGAGAGCUCUGUGCACCAUGGGAGUUCCCCAAGCAGUUCAGGCCUAAAUGUUGUUGGAUCCAUUUUGUACUUGAUAGAAGUAAGUCUAAAAACAUUAACCUAUAAUGACCCCUCCACCCCCCACCCCAACGCCACCCCUGGUUAUGGGGGUUUUGGUUGAUAAUACAAUUUUUAUUUUAAUUUUAAGUCAAAACUGCACUGACAAAUAUUUGUUGUACAAGUAAAAUUCACCUCAGUUAACGUGACUACGCUGUAGCAUCAAAGGGUUAAAAUAAACUAACUGUUUUUGCAUAACAGGUUUACGUAUUAGGAAAGAAAGGUCCUGGUGUUUAGCUCAUGGGGGUCAUGACCUCAGCUGUAUAUAGUUUCAUACAACACACCAGUUUACAGGAUGAAAAUUUGCAGCUCCUGUUCUAGGAGAGUAAAAAAAUAUGAAUAUUAUAGGAAGUACAAAAGAAGGUGAUGGAACAUGAGAUACCAAUGAAAAAUUAUAUAUUUUCAGUUGUAUUAUAAAAUAUAACAAAUUAAAGUGCCAACAGCAAUUUUUUCGUAGUUUUCCCGUUUUCUCUGCCAUAGGAGCUGACAUUUUUGCUCACAGUUCUGCUCCGUUUAUGUGCUGUUAAAGUCGUUCCAGAUCGCUGGAGUUCCACUCUAAUGUGUGUGAAUUUCCUUCACUGUGUAAUCCCCACACUGUGACUCUCACAUGAUGACCAGAUCUUACGUUUCAGAGCAGCCAGAGGCUGAACACUGGGUGGCUGCUCCACCACAUCUCACAUGCUCCCCUAUUUGAAUGCCCCCUCCUGUGAACCCCACCUCUCCUCCCAUUAGUUUCACUCAGUGUGACCAGAGCUACACAAAGGGAGCACCAUCUCCCAGUCAUGGCAAUGAUGAAGAGAUAUUUGGGGAUAAAAAGCUCUCCUUUCCUGUUGAUCGGCAGAAACGGUUCGCAGGAUGAGUCCACUCCCCUCAUACCAAAGGCAGGCUCUAGAGAAAGCGAUACUGGGGAGUUUGACAUUGUCUCUAAAGAGUAUAUGGAAUCAGGGACAAACGGUGGACGGAACCACAGCCACACAGUAUUUUCGAGGAUCCAACGCUACUACAGCUAUUCAUGGAUGGACUACUUCCUGAAAUAUUUCCUGUUUCUCUGCACUCUGCUUUUUACAGUCCUGGGCCUUUUAGUUCUGGGUCUAGGGAUGUGGGGCUUAAUCAGCAAAGAGUCGUUUGCCAAGGAGAAGGUGGGCAGUAUUGGGACCGACCCAAUGCUGUUGCUCGUGACAUUGGGCUUGUUACUCACCAUGCUCUGCCUGUCGGGCUGUGUGGGUGCACUGAGAGAAAACUCCUGUUUGUUAAAGCUCUUCUCAGCUGCUGUGCUGGUGCUCGUAUCUGCCCAGGUGCUAGCUGCAAUCCUGCUCUACAGUCUGCAGGACCAGCUUGGAGGCUACCUGCGGUCAGGAAUUUUAACUGCAAUGGCGCGUUACCAGGAUGACUUGGAUUUGAGAUUCAUCACAGAUGAGAUACAAACAAAUCUGCAGUGCUGUGGGGCCGACAACUAUCGUGACUGGGAAGUCAACAUAUAUUACAACUGCUCAGCUCCAGGGGUCCUGGCCUGCGGCGUUCCUGCUACUUGUUGUGUAAACCCUUUGGAGAACGGCACAGUGUGGAACUCACAGUGUGGGGUGGGAGCACAGCUGCUUGAUGAGUUUACGGCUCAAAGCGUCAUCUUCCUGGGGGGCUGUCUGGGAGGAAUUUCUCGGUGGGUUGAGCUGCACAACGGCGUGAUCGGGACAGUCUGCAUCGUUGUACUCGGCACCCAGAUCCUGACUCUGUUCAUCACAACAUGGCUGCUAGAAACCAUCCAGAGACAUAGAUUUUAUAACUCGCUGACAUAUUGAUAAUUAAUAGUAAUCAGUGACAAAGGCAGUUUUAUUGUCCUGGCCCAUGUGUUGUUGUGAUAAACAUUAUGGUAUUAUAUUAAUAACAUCUGAAUGCAGAUCAGAGACACAUGAACAAUUUUAGAUUUACAGGAAAAUCCCUUCCUUCAAAUAAGAAAUACACAUGGUGUGGACAUGUUUGAAGAGGUGCUGAAUCACAGCUCUGUUUGUCUGUU